CUGUCAGCUCAGCUGAUACAGCUGUCAUCUGCCGUUAUCAGAGCUAUCUCACACUGAAUAUUUUAUUUAUUUAUCAUUUACUUUUAAAAAAUUGUGUUUAUAUCGUUCAAAAACAAUUUGUUACGGUCAAAAUUAACAUCGGUCACCAUGCCGACGUUUUAUGAGUGGACAUCUUUGAGGAAGGAUAAACAAUAUAUACAGGAAUACCCCAGAUUUGAAGUGACCAGCCACCCCCUAAAAGUAAACACUGUUACUGUGAAACAAAGCACCAGUAAGAGUUUCAUGGAAAAUUUGAAUAAAUGGAGUUCUGCUUUUGAUGAAGUAGACCCACUUUUAAGAUUUGAACAAAUGAACUUGGAAGAAGAUAUAGCUCCCAUUGAGGUGGCUGAUAUGUCAGUAAACUACACUAAAGCUUGGACUACAAGGAGGGGGGCCAUCCUCAACAAAUACACUACUGUGGAAAAGUUAACUAUUGUAAGCAGCUUCUUGCCUGGGGGAGAGAAAACCCUUAUAAGACAGGUAUCAAAUCUAAAUGAGAAGGUGAAACACAGAUUGGAACAAUUAGAUGAGUUUGAAGAAGGUUCCAUUAGGAAGACCAUGGGACUGAGCCAGCAGGAAUAUGUUGCUAAGAUCAAUAUGCUCAGUGAUGAAAUUAAAAAGGCAUGGAACUCUGAGCAAAGGGUAAAAGCGUUCAAAAUCGGCAUCCAAUGUUCAAAGCUACUCUCUGAUGUGACUGUAAUGCAUUUCUACCCAAGCAAGUUUGUGCUGAUCACUGAUAUUUUGGACACUUUUGGUAAUUUAGUAUUUGAGCGAUUAAAAACAAAAAGUUUUGGGAAUCGUGAAAUAAAGUCCAUUCACGAGAUCGAUCCUUCAGCAGUGUCUGACCAAGCCAAGGAGACUUGUCAGAACUGGAUGUUCAAGAUGGCUUCAAUCCGGGAACUGCUCCCGCGGCUUUAUAUGGAGAUGACUCUAUUACAAUGCUACGCCUUCAUUUCCAAAGACGAGAUCAGACCGGUUAUCGCGAGACUGACCAAAAUGAUCAGAGGCAUCGGCAAUCCGCUAGUAGCGAUAUACCUAAGGUUGUAUCUAUGCCGCAUCGCCUCCAAGUUGUUGGGCAAAGAAAGUGAACGGUAUUUCUAUGACAACUUCAUGGAGUUUAUCGAGGAAUAUGACCAGGUAUUCCAUCCGGCAAUAACGAAGAAAUACGAAGUGCAGUUGUUGACUAUGGACAAAUAUUUGAAUCUGUACAUGCCUGCUUUAGACUGGUUGCUUUACGGUACCUUGAAUUCAGAUAAAUGCAAACUUACCCUUUUGGAAGAACUCCUGAAGAAAUGCCAGGAAAUGGAAAAUAAUGAGCUGUUACUAUGCUGUGUGGUAUCGGGUUUCGACUCUAUGACUAUCAUAAAAAAGUCUCCAGAAAUUUUAGACAUGAUCCAGAACUCGGCUGACAGAAUGGUACUCUUGAAUGAAGUGCUGGCGUCCCUGGGCGAACACCUUUGUUCCGCGGACAAUUACCGCCAACUGUCUUCGGAGGCGCUCACGCAGGCGUGGUGGAAGAUCGCGAGCAACAUGAAGUCUCCCUUCCACUUCCUGCAAGUCCUCGAGCCUUGGCUGCAGUUCGCUUGCACGCAUUUGUCGACGCAACACGUGAACAUAAUUUUGCGUGGUACAAUACGCUACAUGAUCAAAUGUGGGAGACCGGCGGAUGAGUUCUCUGGCAACUUUCAGUUCGUCAUCAAAAGAAUGCUCAAGUCUAUUCCUGACGUAGAAGAACUGUUCUUGAUGGAUGCGUUUAUGCCAGUAGUGGAGCUGGUGCAGACAUCCAGUGCCCGCACGAUGAUGGCCAAGACCGUGUUGUCGAUGUUCUUCCCUCGAUACACUGGCGUGCGCAUCGAGGACCACAUAGUAAUAUCUAGCCUUAUGCGCCUCUGCUGUAUACUGCAUGACUCUAUCAAUGCUGUAACAGUGGAAGACGAGAGUAAGAUUUGCGCGGAGCUGAUCACAAAGUACGUGCAAGCCGUGUCGUAUCAGGACGACUUGGAACAACAGCUCAACUUCUAUGUGGAGUGCCGCUCAGCAUUCAUCAAACUAGACGCAGUGCUUAUAGCGUUGGUCCAUGCGGUGAACACCCUAGCCGCUCGCGCAGGGGAGGCGCGCGCUAAGUGGCUGCAGCGCGCAUGCGCCGCGUAUAGCUUUGUGACGGUCCCGUCAUUGCGAUGUGCGCUCACUAAGGCGCACUUGUACCUGCUCAGCGGACAGGUGGCGCUACUCAACAACUGUGUAGGCCAGGCUGAAGCAAACUUCAAGGCUUUCGUAAGUCUGAUACCAGACAUUCCUGAUUUUAUAAUGGAGGACGGACAGAAGAAACCUACUCAUAUCAAAGUUGAAGGACUUCUUAGUGACUUUUUAUCUACCCUUCUGAUAUUACCGGAUAACGUGGAUAGUAAUUGUAAAGCGUACAUUCUGAGUGGAUUUAUUAAGACUAUGGAGAGAAUACAUUGGAGAAAGUCUGAGCCUUUAUAUUACGAAACAUUGUUACGCACUUUGGACUUACUUUGUCAAAUGACCCAAGAGACUUAUUCCUACCACAUAGAUACUGUUCUUUCAAACGACAAGCUGUACGGGUCCGAGGCGGAGUUCAUUGACACCAUAGAAAAGUAUGCCACGAACAUAUGCCAAGAGUUGCUGGUGGUGUUGAAGUUGCUCGGCGACGCUAAAGAGACUAAAAAGCAAUACAAUUUGUCAUUGGCGUUGUUCUGGCGGGUCAUAAGACGAGGAAAUCUCGAACAACACGCGAUGAUAAGCCUCGCCGCCAACCUAUGGAUACUGUCGCAAAAGUUACAAGACUCCAACAAUAAAAUAGCGAAGGCGAUAUUAUCUGCACUAGAAAAGAGCGAUAAACCAGCUAGUCACCAACUACUUCAAAAAUUGAACGAAACUGCGCGAAUUUCGUAAUCAUUAUAAUUGAUAGCAUUCCAUAUUCUGUACAGUUAUAUUUAAGAAAUAUGUUAAUAAGUAGUAUUAAUUUAUGUAACGACUUUACAAUCAAUAAUAAACGCUAUUGUUUA